AUGCCCCUGGCCUACGGGCAACUGAAAGAACAGGAAAUGUACCUCUUCACUGGAGGUUUGAAGGCUAAGUUUGUUGUGAUGUUCACAGAUGACCUGGGCCAUAUUUCCCAGUGGAGCUCCAUCAUGGCUGGGAGUCUCGCAGGCAUGGUUUCCACCAUUGUAACAUAUCCUACAGACCUCAUCAAAACCCGGUUGAUCGUGCAGAACAUGCUGGAACCAUCGUACAGGGGGCUCCUCCAUGCUUUUUCUACUAUUUACCAACAGGAAGGGUUCCUUGCCCUUUAUCGAGGGGUUUCCCUCACUGUUGUAGGUGCUCUGCCGUUCUCUGCUGGCUCCCUUCUUGUUCACAUGAACCUGGAGAAAAUCUGGAAUGGACCCCGAGAUCAGUUUUCUCUCCCACAGAACUUUGCUAAUGUCUGUCUGGCUGCUGCAGUGACCCAGACCCUCUCCUUUCCCUUUGAGACCGUGAAGAGAAAGAUGCAGGCUCAGAGCCCCUACCUCCCACACAGCGGAGGAGUAGAUGUCCAUUUCUCAGGAGCAGUGGACUGCUUCCGGCAGAUAGUGAAGGCCCAGGGGAUCCUGGGGCUCUGGAAUGGAUUGACAGCCAAUUUACUGAAGAUAGCUCCGUAUUUUGGAAUUAUGUUUAGCACCUUUGAGUUCUGCAAGAGAAUCUGUCUUUAUCAAAAUGGUUACAUUCUGUCUCCACUGAGCUAUAAAUUGACCCCAGGAGUCGAUCAGAGUUUGCAGCCACAGGAAUUACGAGAAUUAAAGAAGUUCUUCAAAACGAGAAAACUGAAGUCUAAAAAACCAACUCUAUAAAAUGGAAUGGAACUAGAAGUGCACCGACUGACAGCGUGUUGCAAUCACAGAUAAAUGUAGCCUCAUAACUGUACACCUGAGGAGGGAUGAGAAGCUACUGUUAUCUGCUGCUCUGGGAAAUGAGACGGUUUGGCCAUGCACCACCUCAAAUCUCCAAACUGAUGUCCCUGUGAACACCUGCACCAUGAGAAGGUUUCCCAACAAGAGUGUAUCAUGAUAGCAUUCCACGAGAUUUUAUAACCAGAGUCUAGCAGUGAUAAAAUGUACAAUUUAUGCUCUGAAUAGAAACGUGACACCAAAGAAAGGGCAUUGCCAUGACAUCUCAAAGCAACAGGUAAUUGAAGUGGCUGAGUGGAUACCACGUUGUGAGGUCAGCCACUGGGUCACUUGUAGUCAAUGCAAAGCUUGCACAAACCAACGUCAGCCUAGUUUCACUCAGUUUGACCAGAGACUUCCCAAUACAGUCUGUUGUUGUUUUGUUUUUAGAGAUAGGGUCUUGCUCUGUCACCCAGGCUGGAGUACAAUGACACAAUCAUAGCUCACUGCAGCCUCGAACUCCUGGGCUCAAGACAUCCUCCUGCUUCAGCCUCCUGAGAGUUGGGACCAUAGGUGCACACCACCAUACCUAGCUAAUUUUAUUUUUCUGUGGGGGUGGGGGGUGGGUGGGGUCUUGCUAUGUUGCCCAGACUGGUCUUGAACUCCUGGGCUCAUGCAGUCCUCCUGCCUUGGCCUCCCAAAGCCCUAGGAUUACAGGUGUGAGCCACUGCACCCUGCCCCAGUACAAUCUUUCUUGAACUCAAAUUUUUGCUGACUUCUGAGUACACACACCACAGUGUAAAUUAUGCCUUAUCAGAAACUAAAUGGAAAUAGCAAACAUUUAAAAGUGAUCACCAUUGUAGUAGAGUCAUCCUUAUUUUUUGAAAUUUGAAGCAUCCCAGGCUUAUAAAUCUUGUGUUUCACAAAGACAGUUUAUACCAUGACUGCUUAAUUAUCCCCCCGAAGAACUUCUGAUUGAAGUCAUGUACAGUUCAGUGGCCUAAAUUCUCUGCCUUUUUAACUUGCUUUGCAAGCCUACCCUGAAAAUAAAUUAUUUAGUCAAGUUAUUCUCAAAGAUGUCCCAGUUGCCUAGAAAGGAUCAAAUGGAACAUUUGACACACAUACCCAAAAAAAUGUAACUGACUAUAAACACUUUAACCUAAUCAUCUGUAUCAAACUUCCUAAAAAUCAAAUUUCAGGAUUGUUCCACCUUAGAGAUUCUAUGUAAAGUUUAAAUAACUAUAUUUUUCAAAUAGCACCUAUCUAUGCACUUAAAAAUGCAUUAAUAUCCAACAUUAAAUUGUUAAUUUAUACACAGACAUACACUCCUACACAGAGAUUUUCAGUAUGUUGCAAGUAUUUUUCUGAUUAAAUGUAUUUUCCAAA